UCCUUCGAAAAGUGGAAUGGUUGCGGAAUUGCCUAAGGGCUGGGGUGGAGCCAGCAGUGGGCGUAGGUAAUGAAUAAGCGGGGCCGGACGGACGGGAGGUCGGUGACCUGCUACACGGAUCGGAGGGGAGGCGGGGUGGGGGCGGGGCCAAGCCCGGCACUGGGCGGAGCCGCCAGUGAUUGAUUGGUGGGGACAGGACACGGAUGAUUGACAGCCGGGGCCGAGACCUCCACUUCAAUCGGCGCUCCGUUGCCGAGCGGAGUGGGAGGGGUUGGAGAGAAAGAGAGAGCAAAAAAAUAAAUUGAUCAAUCUGUGACCGAGACUGAAAAUAUGCGCGGAGUGGUCGGUUCCACUUAAUUAAUUAGCUGUUUGUGUGUUUUUGUUUUUUUGGGCGGCGGGUGUUGCGCUAACUUGAUGAAGAUGAAGGUGUUGAUGAAGCUGCCCGACCCCGAAGAAGAGGAGGACGAAGACGAAGAAGAGGAGGAGGAGGACGAUGACGACGAGAAAGAAGAGGAUAACGACGACGAAGAGGGGGUGAAAGCUGUUCCCGCCAUGCCGCCGCCGGAGCCGCAGAAGGAGGCGGUUUACGAGUGGUUCGGCUCGGCGCUCACAUCGGCGCAGCGGCUGGAGUUCUGCUGCGGCCUGCUGGACCUGUGCCACCCGCUGGAGCUGCGCUUCCUCGGCAGCUGCCUGGAGGACCUGGCCCGCAAAGAUUACCACUCGCUCCGCGACUCGGAGAUCCGUGCCAACAGCGCCGCCGACCUGGCCACGAUCGGCGACGUGACGGACGAGGUGGUGCGCAGCAAGCUGGUGGUGUCGCUGGCGCUGCUGGGCUCGGAGAACCGCGAGGCGGCCACGGUGCUGGCCCGCGCCCUCGGCCGCAUCGACACGGUCAUCCGCAACUACGGGCUGCAGCUGACGGAGCGUAGCGUGCAGGAGUUCCUGCUGCUGCUCACCAUGGCGUCCAACCACCCGGCCUUCUCCUUUCACCAGAAGGAGACGCUGCGCGAGCAGUUGGCCGACCUGCAGCGGCGGGGACCCACCAACGGCCGCAAGUUCCAGAACAACGUCGUCAAGGAGCGUUUCUCCAGGAAAAAUUACUCUUUGGGAACAGAGAAUAAUUACUAUGAGAGGACUCCCCCAUCUUCUGAAGAAGGGGCAAAUGCAAUCACCCAGCGAUCAGGAGUGCAGAUUGAAAAUAUUACCUUGAAGAAUGUAACAAAGAAGAGACCAGAAAACUACUGGGAGUACACAUUCGAUGUUGUUAGAACUGAUCUUUCAACAUGUACUGUGAGAAAAACGCAACAUGAUCUUCAAGAGUUUAUAACUAAACUUCCCAAGGAUCUUUCUAUUGAUACUUCUGGCAAGACUGUUUUGCGGGCAUUCAGUCACAGUUCCCAGACAAGAGAAGACAGAAAGAACUCUGAGUUAGAGUCACUUGUAAGGCAACUCUUCUUGUCACCACCUCGUUCCUUCUUAAGAAGUGAACACGUUCAUGAAUUCUUUGGGAAGUCUUCCGACCAUAGUCAGUAUCACAAGCACUUCAAAGAAGACAGUUCUGAAGCUUCCAGUCAGGAAGAAGAUGGAAAGCAGCAAACGAUUCAUUACAAAAACAUGGGGAAAGCUAGAGGCUGCAGUGUCCCUAGUGUUAAAUCUCCAGGAGCUGUUGUAGGUUUACAGCACUCUGAACAGAACGGUGCACUGGACUGGAGGAAAAGGAGCUACAGCACAAAACACAGCACUGAGCACUGUACAGCUAUGAUGGAGCAUUGUUUGACAGAAGAUAAAAGAAAUACUGCUUCUGGGAGUAAAAAGCUGAACACUCGGAUCGAUGUCAAAAACAAGGUAGACCGUGGCAAUCAAAGGACACCAGUUGGUAAUGGCAUUCUCAGAAUUCCUUCUGUACAUCGUAUAUGGACUGGAUCAGGAAAAGAAUUAAGGGAUGUUGGCUGUGGUCUAGAGGCAUGUGGAGACAGCUCUUCAGAAAGCUACAGUUCUCCUUCUAGCCCAAGACACGAUGGAAGAGAGAGCUGCGAAAGUGAAGAUGAGAAAGACAAAGAUUCUGACAGCACUUCAGAGGAUUCUGGGAAGGAUAGGCAGAAGGAGCGUGUUGCCUGUAGCUCCUCCCGUGGAUCUACCAGCAGACCAACCGCUCAGGUUGCACCAGUGCAGAGUGAGAAUGGUACUAUUCCAGGAAAUCUGGCAACCCCUUUGCUUCCUCGCAUUCCCAUGAUGCCUCCAAUACACUACAUGAUGCAAAAUGGUGGAGCAAAAGCAGACUAUGUUUCUCCAGUAGAUGGUAAAACUGUGGGGAUGAUUGCUACUGUCCCUCCUGCUGCCGUCUCUCUUCGAGAUUCUUCGCAUGUUUCGUCAGUUGGUGCUGCAGAAGCAGGGAAGAGAUUGGACUUAAUGCCCUCACCUCUGUCUGUGGCAGCUCCUUUCCUUCUGCAGGCUGCUGGUCCUGCUUUACAUCCAAUGGUGCAUAGACAUAAAAUGACAGCACCACAGAUUAAUUUGGAGAACUGCCAUGUUCCUGGACCCCAACCACCAGCAGGCACUGUGAAUAUUGGGUCGGCCAACACUGCCUUUAUCCCAGUUCACAGCCACUCUCCCUCUGGGAAGCUUGCACCAUCUUCUGUUUUAGAUCCCACCGCUAAACCUUCAACACAGAACUUAGGACUGAACACCUUGUUGCCUCAGACAGAUGGAAAUAUAGCAGCAGCACCUGAAUCUGCCAAUUUAAAAGUAAUGCUUCCUGCUGCUGGGCUGCCGCCGCCUCCACCUGGCUCGUACAACUUGAGCGGAACUCCAGCCAGUGUUAUGCCUUUACAAGGAACAGCAAACUCACCAUCUCCUGCAGGUCAAACCCAGUCCGCUGGAUCGUCGGUUCCUACCCACACUCCGGGUCCUGUACCAAGCCUCAAUACCGCAUUAACUCACAGCACAGCUCAGAGUGAUAGCACCUCUUAUAUCAAUACAAUAGGAAAUACUAAUACUAAUGGAACCAUUCAACAUGCUCAGCAGGUUGCUUGUGGAGCUUGUAGUUCUUGCGGAUGCCGAGGUAGUUGUGGGACCAAUAGUAAUCCACUGUUUAAUUACUACUACCCUAGUACAAUACCUAGCCAGUUUAUCAGAGUUCCAUUGAUCCCUUUAAGUGGAAUGACUUCACUUUGUAAUGGUAGCUACCUCAACCAAGCACAUCAAAACAAUGGAACCCAGAUGCCCUUUUAUCAAAAUCCUUACACUAGUGGACUAAUACAUGACCCUAUGGCAAAUCAGACAAACUAUGGGAUGCAACAAAUGCCAGGAUUUAUCCGAGGAUUUCCAUUAAUGUAUCAAGUGGCCAACAUGGUCACCAAUGUUAAUGGGUUAGGACCCAAAAAGAAUGGAACUGUAUCUUGUUAUAAUUGUGGUAUAGGUGGACACCAUGCACAGGACUGUAAACAGCCAUCCAUGGAGGCCAGUCAAUCAGGUGCCUUCAAGUUAAAGUUUGCCCCACCUCGUGAUUUGGAUUCAGCCGACUAAGCUAGAAAAUUUGGCAUCAUAAGCAAUGAGCCUGUAAUGUGGGUUUGGCUCUAAUCACACUUCUGAUCCUCUUUUCAUUCAGCAAAAAAAAACUAAAUGGUUUUCUCCAUUUGUUUGGGAUUAGUACAUGGUCACUGAAGUCUGGAUUGCCUUGAAUUUUGGCAUUUUUGUUUCCUCUGAACACUCUUCACCUGUUUUGGCUACAGUGUUCCUGCAGCAAGCAGAGCAUUUUGUGUAAUGUCCUAGAAAUUCUUACAAUAAUGACCUCUGGUUUUGCACUGAUGAAUGUAUUGUACCAAGUGGCACGUGCAAUGUUCAUUGUAAUAAUUUAUGGCAGUGUUUCAGAAUCUACCUGUCCAGUAGACACUGAGCUGGAAUGAGCAGACAUGCUGCCAGUUGAAAUGCUAGGUCACAUCUUACAUCGUGUUACAUCUUUUGUCUGCAUCAAAUUGUCUCUGUGUUUUGAAUUUCUUUUUGUUCUCAUUUAAUAUUAUCCUUUUUCAGUUUAUGUAGAAGCAACUCCACUUUCAAAAUUAGACAUGAAUUUAAAAGUUCCUUGACCUACUGGAAAAAGAAAAAGAAUCUAGACAUUGACAUAGAUAAUACCUUUUAUAAUGAUUUUUGAAGUAAACAUUUUGGAAAACUGAGUGCUGUAAUAAUCUUGAUUUUAAAAAAAUAUAUAUAUAAAACAGGAAACACUUUUCAAAGUUGUCUGGUUAGUGUUCUUUUUCAGUAGAGCUUAGAAACAUACAGAUUUAAAAAAAAAUUAUUUAGAGGGGUUAGUUACUCCUAUUACACUCGGUGAUAUUUAUUUUGGUUUGAAUUUGACAAUGUUUUUUUCUCCCCUUUGACUUUGGGUAGAAUAUUGAACAGCUGCACCUCUUUUUCUCUCUCAACCUCUUCUUUAUAUUGUACCAUUAACUAACAUUGGAAAUUACUUAAUUCUUUAGAGACUGAAAAAAAAAAUUACGCUAGGCCUUCCUAUAGCAGUGUUUACCUGGAUUUUCUAAUGUAAAACUAAUUUUGUGCUUUUAGUGAUACAAAAAAUCUUAAAGUACCAUGAUUAGAGAAACCACUGAAACAUUUAUUUAGGUAGCAUAAGCUCUGCAAAUUGAUAUGGUACUGAAUUUACCAAUUCGUACGAAUUUUCCACUACUACAAUGUGAAGACUGACACUCAAUAUUUUAGAUGGUAUUAAAUCAUGUCAGCAAUGCCCCUAAUUUAUGCUGCUGCUUUUUUGUUUUUGAGAGAAAAAGCCAAUAUGCACUAUUUGUAUUUCUGGGUUUAUUUCUUAAAAGUGCACUGACAUUCACAAGAUGAUGGCGGUUUUUGAGGGUUGUUGCAUUUUGGUUCAAGGAUUGCUGUCUAAUCUUGUUUGGCAUUCCUUUAACAUUAACUCCAAUGGAAAUCUACAGAGCUAUGAUAUUUGUGUGCAGCAGUCUGCUUUUUCUUUAAAUUAACUAUCCCCUCAAGUGGACUGAUGUAUUUUGUGACUUGAAACCAAGCAAGUGUCAUAGGAUAUGAAUUUUUUGUAGGAUUUUAAAAGGUUUUGUCUUGUCAUAAAGCCCCAUGUCAACAAAAUGCUUACAGCAUAUUUUAAAAAAAAUGGAGCUGGCUUAAUCUGUUUGGUUAUUCUAGUUGAGCUGCUUUGAGUAGCUAGACUUUGUGUACAGGACAGCAACCUGAAUUAUUUCUUGCAUGAUUUUAAAAAGAAAGCUGCCACCUGUGUAAAUCAGUUAAUAACUUAUUUUCAAAUCUCCAGAUGAAGUGUGGCAGUUAAUUUCCUUGAAGCACAUUUCUUUUACUUGGAUUUUUGGAUGACCAAUUGAAUACAAAGUAACUAUCUUAGUGUGACUGUGCUGUUAAAAUUAGAAUGAGAGACUGGGAAACUACAUACAUGAGCCUGUAAGACGAUGUGUUCUAAAUAACUUGGUUGUAUUAGAACUAAUUUUAUGGCUUAAAAACUGUACUGUAUAUAGGAGGUAUAUUGCUACCUUCAGUUUGUUCAUUUGUUUACUGGCAUUCUUUGAUAUUCAAGAUGUUAUGUACUGGAAAGGUCACUUAUAUUUCUAGAACAAUUUUGGGAUUUUAUGCAACUUUUUCCCCUGAAUUAAUAGCAAUAAAAA